AUGGGCUCCAUUAUUGAUGAAGCGCCUACUCAAAAGCUUCCAUUCAUCGAUUUCUCAUCAAAGCCUCUGCUGGAGCUGAAACCAGGCAGUGCCUAUUGGGAUUCUCUGAAAUCCCAAGUUGGAGAAGCUCUUGAAGAGUAUGGCAGCUUCGAGGCAUCCUUCAAACCUGCUGGGAUUCAAAAUGACAAUAUUUUCAGGUCGGUGAAAGAGCUGUUCGACUUGGAUUUGGCCACAAAACAGCGCCGGAGUUUUGCUGUUGGCGAUGCAUCUUUCACGGGUUACAUUGGGCAACAUCCUGGCUAUUCAUCAUCCUUUGAGAGCUUUGGGAUAGAUGACCCCAACGAGGCUGGCGAGGUGGAGAGCUUCACCAAUGCCUUGUGGGACCAAGGAAACCCUAGUUUCAGCAAAAACGUCCAAACCUGGUCAGAAAAUGUCUCAAAAUUGGAUGAAAUUGUAAGGAGGAUGAUAGUGGAGAGCUUUGAGCUUGAGAAAUAUAUGGAUGAACACAUGAGCUCCAUAAGGUACCAACUGAGAGUGAAUAAGUACGCAGCUUCCCAAACCCAAGGACCAGAAAUUGGGCAGUUAAAAGCCCACACUGAUAAGAACUUGAUUACCAUACUGUGUCAAAAUGAAGUCAAUGGACUGCAAAUUCAAACUAAGAAAGGAGAUUGGGUGAAAUUCCAACCGUCUCAUGCCUCCUUCGUCAUCCUUGUUGCUGACUCUCUAUAUGCUUGGUUGAACGGCCAGGUGCAUUGCCCCUCUCACAGAGUUAUGGGCGUGUAUGGAAAUAAGCCCAGAUAUUCCAUUGGGCUUUUCUCACGCACAAAGACAGGGUACGUUAUCAAAGCUCCAGAAGAGUUGAUUGACCAGUAUCACCCCUUGUUGUUCACGCCUUUUGAGUAUAACGAGUAUAUGACCUUGGCUUAUAGCACAGCAGGUAAGAAAGAUGCUUCUCCAUUACAUUUGAGAAAAUUCUACGGGCUUUAG